AUGGAUAAAGUCAAUAACUCUGUGGUGUCUGAGUUUGUGUUCCUGGGGCUUUCCAAUUCCUGGGAGAUACAGCUGCUCCUCUUUUUCUUUUCCUCUGUCUUCUAUGUGGCGAGCCUGAUGGGGAAUCUCCUCAUUGUGCUAGCAGUGACCUCGGAUUCUCAUUUACAGACUCCCAUGUACUUCCUGCUGGCAAAUCUUUCCAUCAUUGACUUGAUAUUUUGCUCUUCUACAGCUCCCAAGAUGAUUUAUGAUCUUUUAAGAAAGCACAAAGUUAUUUCUUUUGGGGGGUGUCUAGUCCAAAUCUUCUUUAUUCAUGCAAUUGGGGGCACUGAAAUGGUGUUACUCAUUGCCAUGGCAUUUGACAGAUAUGUUGCCAUCUGCAAACCUCUCCACUAUCUGACCAUCAUGAACCCCCGAAGAUGCAUUUUAUUUUUAAUCACUUCCUGGAUUAUUGGACUUAUUCAUUCAGUGACCCAGUUGGCUUUUGUUAUAGACUUGCCUUUCUGUGGCCCUAAUGAAUUAGACAGCUUCUUUUGUGAUCUUCCUCGAUUUAUCAAACUUGCUUGCACAGACACUUACAAAUUGGGAUUCAUGGUUACUACCAAUAGUGGCUUUAUUUCUGUGUUCGGCUUUUUAAUUCUGAUGAUCUCUUAUAUUUUUAUUUUGGUCACUGUACAGAAAAAAUCUUCUGGUAGCAUAUCUAAGGCUCUUUCUACUCUGUCAGCUCACGUCACAGUGGUGGUUUUGUUCUUUGGGCCAUUAAUCUUUUUCUACAUCUGGCCAUUUCCCAUAUCACAUCUGGAUAAAUUUCUUGGCAUCUUUGAUGCUGUUAUCACUCCUUCUCUAAAUCCAGUUAUUUACACUUUUAGAAAUAAGGAGAUGAAGGGAGCAAUAAAGAGAUUAUGCACUCAAUUUAUGAAUUACAGUAAAUUUUAA